UCUUUUUUUCUUGAAACGAAAUAAGAGAAAAUUUAUACAUUCGACAAGACAAAACAAAAACAAAACUGAGUCGGUGAGAGUAGAGAAACAGAGGGAAGAAGAAGAUGCCAAGGAGCGGGUUUGCAGCUUCAUUAUCGACACCAAAAGUGGACGUGGUCAUAGACAUGGGCAAUCCAUUCCUCAAUCACACCGUCGAUGCAUUUUUGAAGAUCGGCAGCGUUGCAGCUACCAGAGCAGCGGCAGAGGAUGUAUAUUACAUUGUCAAACGACCAGGGAAUGUUUCGCGUCACAGCAUGGAGCACUCGUUGAAGAAGAUGUGUAAAGAGGGUGCAUAUUGGGGAACUGUAGCCGGAGUGUAUGCUGGAAUGGAGUAUGGUGCAGAAAGGAUCCGUGGCAGCAGAGACUGGAAGAAUGCCAUGCUUGGGGGUGCAUUAACGGGAGCUCUCAUCUCUGCUGCCAGCAACGAUGACAAAGACAAGAUUGUGAAGGCUGCUCUCACUGGAGGUGCCAUUGCCACUGCUGCAGAGUUUCUCAACUAUCUCACCUGAGCAAUGGAAUUAAAACUCUCUUAUUUCUUUGCAUCACAAGGAAAAAUAAUAUGGUGUAGGUCUUUCUGGCAUUUUUAGUAUUUUGUCGCUGCAAGAGCCACCAUGACUGGUAAUAUCACUGUUAAUAUCGAUCAUGUAGUUUCUAAUUUUCAAAGUCAGUUUCUUACCAUCAACUAUGCCUCUAUUUGACAGACCGAAGUCGUCAAGCAUCAUGUUAAGUCAUGCUUUCGUAGAAGAAUAAGCUUUGAUUAUCGAAAACUCGGGUGAAAUUUUGUAUCAAGCACCAUUGCAUGUUAGGACUCUGGAUAUUAAAUACACAUAUCUGUAUGAUA